AUGUCGCGAAGCGUUCGCGUGCUGCUAGCCCUUGGCCUGAUGGGCUAUGGUUAUGCGUAUUCCGGUGACGACUCAACCACUCCCGAUGUUAUAUAUGAUCUCACAGAUGAAGAAUACUAUGCAAUGCCGCGGCUUUUCUCGCUGGAUGAUUACAUGGCAUGCUUAGCACCUGGUGGUGUAUAUUGUCUGGGAAGCUUCGAGCUAGUUGCGCCUUUAGAUCAUCACCUUUUCCAGACCAUGAAGGGAUGGAGCAACAACUGGGUGGAUAAUUUUAACCACACACGACUGCACCGUGGCCUGUGCGUUUCGCGUCACUGUCCACAUCCUGGGAAUGAGGAGCCUCUGGAGGCAUGGUUUGAAUCUUGUGUAAAUACAAGCACAACAUCAGCCUACAACAUAUCCGCGCGCCUCUAUCAGCUAGAGUACUGCCGACGUGGUAUUACCGACCCUCCACCAUUGACAAAUAAUCAGCGAGCUUUUGCUGCAGUCUUUGCAACUCUGAUAGCCUUAGCAGCCAUAAGCACCUGCCUGGACCUGACACUCACCGACCACGCUAAGGAAGUCCUAGGUUGGACGCUUUGCUGGUCAAUACCACGGUCAUGGCGGACUCUGACAGCACCAUCACCACCGACUAGCUCAGCUGAUCUUAGAUGUUUCGACGGAUUGAGAGUGUUUUGCAUGAUGUCUGUCAUCCUUGAACACGUUUGCUGGCUGGCCACCCUAUCAUAUAUAGACGAUACAAGAAAUAUGGAGAUGAUUCGACGCCAACCAGAUGUGAUGCUGAUGACGAACAGUACCUUGGUGGUACAAAUCUUCUUCGUGAUGUCUUCGUUCCUACUUGCAUACAAGUUGCUGAAACAGAAGUCACGUGGUCCGAUCUUUACUACCUUCUUGGAAACUAUGAUCAAUAGAAUUAUCAGAAUAAGCCCCAGUCACCUGAUGGUCAUAUGGUUUGCAUCAUCAUGGUGGGAACGUGUGAAUAGUGGCCCACUAUGGACACCACUGGUGGGAGGGGAAGCAGCUGUUUGUCGAAAAAAGUGGUGGACCCAUCUUCUCUUUAUUAAUAACUUGGUGUAUCCUGAUGACAAGUGUCUCAUACCAACAUGGUACCUGGCGGCAGAUAUGCAGCUGUAUGCAGCGUCACUGCUUUUCCUACUACUGGUGCGAGGUCGGCGUACUGCGCUAUUAUUACUAUCUGGGUUAUUUGUGGCCUUUACUGCUCUCAACUUUACAUUUGCCUAUGUGUGGCAUCUAAUACCUAACUUUGUGCUUCAUAGACCUGAGUCUGUUCGGGCUUCAUAUGGUGGUGAAGCCUCUUUCAACGUGUUGUAUCAGUCUCCUCUUGGCAAUGCUCCCGCUGCAAUUGGGGGCUUGUUGCUGGCUUUAAUACAUCGAGAGAUGAAAGAUCGGGGAGUCUCUCUCUCACAACAGAAAACGUUCCGCUGGUUUUGUAUAUGUGCGGCUCCUGCUGCAGUGUGCUGGGCAGGCCUAUCCCCUCUAGCAGCAGGAUCCCAUCUACCCGCGCGUCUUACUGCUGCUGCUUUAGCCGCGUUGGAAAGGCCUGUAUUCGUGCUGCUAGUUCUGACUGCGCUGCUCGGAGCUAUCAAUGGUGUAAAAUCACCUUGGCGAACUUGGCUAUCUCAUAUGGGCGCUGUAGUACCGCGGCUGUCAUUCGGGGCUUUGCUGCUACACUUGCCUCUCAAUAAAGCAUUGCUCGCCAGUCGCAUAGCGCCAAUACAACUUGAUAGAUCACACGCCAUAUACGAGUGGUUUGGCGUUGGUGUAAUCGCUUAUACAGCAGCUAUCCCAUUGGCGUUACUUGUUGAAUUUCCUGCUUUGGCCCUAUACCGGGAGUUACGUCGGGUAACAGUGCGACCUACAUUAGACCCUACACAGGAGAAACUUGACAAACCUGAACCUGUACCACAGUGA